AUGGUCUUUCCCAAUCGUAAUACAAACACUCUAACAGGCCACAUCGGUGCUGUUCAUUGCGUCACUUAUAGCGCCGGUGCCGGCCAAUAUGCUCUCACAGGUGGUGCCGAUCGUAAAAUAUAUCUCUGGAACCCUACAACUGCCUCCCGCAUCCAGGAAUAUAAGCUUCAUGGUUACGAGGUAUUAGAUAUCACCGUGACCAGCGACAAUUCCACAUUUGCCUCGGUUGGCGGGGAUAAACAGGCAUUCCUUUGGGACGUCUCAACUGCCAAAACCCUUCGUCGUUUUGAAGGCCACCUCAGUCGCAUAAAUAGCGCCGACUUUAAUCAGGACGGAUCUGUCCUGGCUACUGGAUCAUAUGACACAAACGCGAUGUUGUGGGACACAAAAAGUCAGAGUCGGAAACCGAUACAGGUCCUUGAAGAUGCAAAGGAUAGCGUUAGCAGCGUUCACAUAGUGGCUCAUGAGAUUCUUACUGGGAGUGUCGAUGGGAGAAUAAGAAACUAUGACAUUCGAAUGGGUCGCUGCUUCGUCGACGUGAUAGGCUAUCCAGUUACCUGCGUUACCCAAUCCUCCGAUGGAAAUGCAGUUCUUGUUUCCGCUCUAGAUGGUGGAAUCAGGCUAAUGGAUAAAAUCAAUGGGCAAAUGUUGCAGAGCUAUAGAGGCCAUCUCAAUACAGACUACAGGGUCAGGAGCUGCUUUGGUGAUAGAGAUAAAUACGCUAUUACAGGUAGCGAGGACGGCCAGAUAUGGGUAUAUGACCUUCUUGAAGGGACUGUGGUAGAUAAAAUGGAAGGGCAUUCGGGCAAGGCAGUGACAAGUGUGACGUAUAAUCCGGCAGGGAAGAAGCAGAUGUUGAGCGGGGGGGCUGAUGGGAAUGUUUUUGUUUGGGGCGAGUGA